CCAGGCCCAUUUGUAAUUGAAAAUGACGACUACCUUUGUCCUUUCGUUUUUUGCUAGGGUUUUAACUUCAUUUGUCUUAUUGUUCUUGUCUUCUUGAUGGCCGCAACACUCCAUUGGUUUCCUAGUGCGUUGGUUGGACCUUGAUGCCCUUCUCGGCGCUCGCGACUGAUAUUGAGAGACCCUGUUAGUGAAUUUUAUUUGGCAUUUGCGAAUCAGCUUGCUUUGAAAGAUGGGUAACGAUCCACCAAAUCCAACAGAGGGCAAUAUUAUCAAUAAGCAACAAGAAGCAGAUCCUGGUACUGCAAGGAAGGUUAGUGAACCUACAAAAAUUGAAACUUCUAGGAAAAGAUCUUGGGUUUGGGAUUUUUUUACUGAGGUUACAACUGCAAAUGGUACACGUAGGGCAACAUGUGACUUUUGUAGUAAGAGUUAUGCAGCUGAUCCUAAACAAAAUGGUACCACAUCUUUGGGGAAUCAUUUAGUCAAUGUUUGCUUAUCUUCUGAAAACCCCUUUAAAGAAAAAGAGAUUGAGUUGGAGAAGGGUCAGACUACAUUGAACUUCGAGCCUCUAAAGCCAGGUGAGACAUUGUCCUCACUUACACAAUUUAAUCCUGUAAGAGCUAAGAAAGCCUUAGCUCGCAUGAUUGUAAAGGAUGAGUUGCCUUUUAGAUUUGUCCAGGGGGAGGGGUUUCGAGAAUUUUUGGCCGAAAUUUGUCCUAAAUGGAAAAACAUCCCAAGUCGUAUCACAAUUUCAAGGGAAUGUAUUUUGUUGUAUGAGAAGGAAAAGUCAGAGAUGAAAAAAGCCAUUAAAGGACAACGUUUUUGUCUUACUACAGACACUUGGACUUCUGUCCAAAAUAUGAAUUACAUGUGUCUUACAGGGCAUUUCAUUGACAGUAAUUGGAAAAUGCAUAAGCGAAUUCUUAAUUUUUGUCAAGUUGAGAACCAUAAGGGAUCAACACUUGGUAAAGCUGUAGAAACAUGUUUGCUUGAAUGGGGGAUAGAUAAGAUUCUUACCCUUACUGUUGACGAUGCUAGCUCAAAUAAUUUGGUCAUUGAUUUCUUGAAAAAGAAGACACAACAUAGAAAGGGGACUAUUUUGCGACAUGAAUUUUUACAUUUGAGAUGUUGUGCGCAUAUUUUAAAUCUUAUUGUUACUGAUGGAUUGAAAGAUAUGGAUGAGUGCAUUACCAAGGUUAGAAAUGCAGUAAAAUAUGUUAGAUCCUCUCCACAAAGGUUGAAGGCAUUUAAAUUGUGUGCAGAGAAAGAAAAAUUGCCUUAUAAACAUCAAGUUGUUUUAGAUGUGGCUACAAGAUGGAAUUACACUUAUGAGAUGUUACAUAGGGCUGAAAAAUACCAAAAGGCCUUUGAAAGAUUAGAGGAGAAUGAUACUAACUUUUUACGUGCGGCUAUGGAGGAAGAGGGUGGUGAUGGAGGGAGAAGGAUCACUUUUGGGGUUCCUACUGCUUCUGAUUGGGAGAAAGUAAGGUUAUUUGUGAAGUUUCUGAAAAUUUUUUAUGAUGCAACUGUGCGAUUCUCAGGAUCUCAACAUGUCACAUCUAAUGGUUUUAUUAUGGAGCUGUUAAUGAUUCAAGAUACUAUUGAGUCUGAUUGUGCUUUAAGCGAUGAAAUGCUGAAAAAUGUGGCUGUGAAUAUGAUGGCUAAGUUUAACAAAUACUGGGGCAGCAUUAAUGCUAUGAAUGGUUUGUUGUUUGUUGCAUUUGUUCUUGAUCCUCGAUAUAAAUUAAAGAUGAUUGAAUUUUCUUUCAAUUCAUUCCCGGGAUUGCCAGAGAAAGUUAAAAGUACUUUGACUCGUUUAUAUGAUGCAUAUGCUUAAAAUAAUGGAGUUAGUAGCACACAAGAGAAAGUGAGUCAAUCAAAUACAUUGGGAAGCAAUGAAUCUCUGCCAACGGAUAUGAGGGCAGCGAGAUUGGCGAGUUUUAAAAAACAUUUGAAGGAUUCUCAAUCUUUGGAAAAUAAAUCUGAAGUUGAUCGAUAUUUGGGAGAGAGUUUGGAGAAUGACAAAGAUGGUUUUAAUCUACUUGCUUGGUGGAAGGUGAAUGCAAGUAGAUAUCAUGUGCUUUCUUUAAUUGCAAGGAAUGUCCUUGCGAUUCCCGUGUCUACAGUGGCUUCCGAAUCGACAUUCAGCACGGCAGGGUGAGUUAUCGAUCCAUUUCGCAGUUCUUUAUGCCCUUUUACAGUUGAGGCCCUAAUUUGCAGCCAAAAUUGGAUCCGUAAAUCUUCUACUCCAAUCAAUCUUCGAGAAGCUAUGAAUCAAAUUGAAGACUACGAAAAGCUUGAAGAGAUUCAUGAAAAAGUUCAGGCAUUAAACAUGGGAGAAAAUGUUGUCGAGGAAUGCGAGGAUCUUGAAGAGAUAUGAUCAAGUAGUACUUCAGAAGUGCCCCUGCUGCUGUGCCCCUGCUGCUGCCAAGCAAGAAGUCUCAUGAGAACAUGGUGGUUUUGGUGUUUUUGUUGAUUAUUUUAAAUGUUUAACUAUAUGUAUGAAACUCUGUAAAAUUUUUAUUUUUAUUUUUAUUGGAUUUUUCUUUGAUGGUCA